UGUACGUGGGUGUGUACAUGGAUUGUGUGAAUGCGUGUGAUUCUAGCAUUUUUGUUCAACAAUCAACACAAACCAACCCACCGGAGCCCCACUCGUAUUAAUAAGAACUCGCUCCAGGGAAAUGUUCUUCAGUAGCCACCAUUUUAUUUUGGGGCUCAAAAAGAAUUGACGAUGGCGCGUUGCGAACCUUUUAGGGGUCGAAAAGAAUUGUCAAUGGCGGAAAAGAGAACGGAACCUGACGAGUCGAUGACCGACGCCACCGUCAAACCCUCUCCCUCACCUCCGGUCGUUGGUUUCUUCUACCAGAAAAACAUCACCGCCUUCGUCUUCUCACCAAUCCCCUCCAACUUCCCUCCCGGCGCCUCCACCGGCCACCUCCGACAAACCCAUCUCAAGCCCUACCGCAGCGAAGUACAAGGUAACACCGUCGGUCUAAUCAACUCUUCUAAUGGCCUUAUUCUACUCUACUGGACAAAGCCCACCCCACGCUACCUCGUUCACAACCCAAUCACGCACGAUAAGUUCCACGUCAGAUUGGCUUUCAAUUUUCGAUCUGUUUCCCUACGUUUUCUGGUGUUCGGUUUCGCUUUUGAUCCGUAUCGUGACGAUCCCUGCUUUACUAUCGUUCAAGUGUCUGAUAUUGUUGGCCCGAUGCCUAUACGGGUUUGUUCCUACACUUGUUCUUCUUCCUUGCGCUCGCGUCGAUCUGCUUCUUGGGUGACAACCCAUCAUGCGCUCCCAGAGUUUGUUCGAGACAAGUACUUCGCGCUGUCUGGUCCUUCCGUGUUUUACAGAGGAGCUUUACAUUGGUUGUUGGAACCUUCUGGCGUCGUUGCAUACAAUAUUAGUACCAAAUCGGUUUCCUUCUCGUUGGUGACCAUUCCAGGCGAUGAGAAAUACGUGGAUGGGGAUGGGGUGUGCAGUUGUGUUAAGAAGAUGAAGAAUGCUGGGUUGUAUUCAAAUGGUUGUUGCAGUUGCAGGUACUUGGGGGAAUCUGGAGACAAGCUUGUAUACGUUCGGGUCACUGAUAAUUCAAGAUUGACAAUGUGGACUCUCACCGAUUAUUUCGAUGGUGUGUGGUUGCCCACUGGUGACAUUGUUGUUGAUAAGUUGCCCAGGUCUCUUUAUUUGGGACGUAUGUUGGCAUUUGCUAGGACGGAGCCUCGUCUCUUGUACCUCGUGGUGGGAAGUGACAUUUUCUCGUAUAGUUGCAUUAGCGGGGAGCUUAAGGAGCUCUGUAAAAUCGUUAAAGAAUACGGAGGGAGAGAGAAUUGCCUUGGGUUCAUAAUUCCUUAUGAACUUCAGAAUAUUACCCCAUCUAUUCCCAAAGUUAAAUCAAAGAAAAAAAAGAAGCGUUCCCGUUAUUUUGCAUACCUCUUUUGCGCUCUCAAAAAAUUGCUUCCGGAUGCUCCAGCUCUUACACCAGGGCCUUUUGGCACAGUUCCUAAGUUCAAGGAAAGGUUAGAGAGAAGAGCGGAACAUGUUAGACGAAGUUGGAACGAUGACAAUCUUUUUCAUCUCUAUGAGCAGUCUUGCAUUUCGCAAGUGGCAGGAAGAUAUUUCCCUCCACCUUAUUUGGAUGCGACCGGACCACCUAUAUGGUCCUUCUACAACUUUAAUGCCCCUUUCUCAAUUCGUGGACUUCGUGAUACAGUGUAUAGGUAUAAUGACAUUAUGCUACUUGAAGCUUGUCUAUAUGGAUGCACUGCUGAGCGUGAGUUAAAGUGCAUCUCCGUUGGGUCGCUGAAAUGCUUUUCAGAAGUACCAAUCCUGCAGCGAUAUCAGGCCAGAGAUGUCUCUCUUUUGGGAUUCUUCCAUCAAAGAAGCCAUAGUAGCUUUGUUUUCACUGCCAUCCCGUCCAAUCUCUCCCAUGACGUCUCCGCCGGCAAAGUCUCACAAGCGGGUAUGCAAUCGCAUGGUGUAGUUGAUGACACACUUGCUAUAUUGAACUCUUCCAGUGGUCUACUACUCUUAUACUCUUCGAAGCCAACUCCUCACUAUGAGGUGUAUAACCCUACCGUAGGUGAGAGGGUCUCUGUUGGAUCCUCUUAUUUUCUCGAAAAUGUGGCUGAACGGUUUAUGGUGUUUGGAUUUUCUUUUAACCCUUAUUGCACCAAUCCCUACUUCACCAUUGUGGAGGUAACUGAUCAUGCACCCGGUAAUAGCGUACGGGUCGAUGCCUACUCUUCACUCUCACCGUCUGUUUGGGAGACAACUUUUCACCAGCUCCCGUCCAAUGUCAGGGACGAUUAUGUUCUGUUGGGGCAGUCCAUCUUCUAUGAGGGUGCUUUGCAUUGGUUAUUGGAACCUUCUGGCAUUAUUGCAUACAAUAUUCAUGCCAAAACCAUUUCCAUAUCGUUGAUGAGCAUCCCGGUUGAUGAGAACUAUUUGGAUGAGAAUGGGUUAUGCUGUUGUAUUAAGAAGAUGAGGGGUUCGGAGAUGUAUUCUAGUGGUCGUUGCAGCUGCAGGUAUUUGGGGGAGUUUGGAGACCAGCUUGUAUAUACUCGGGUUACUGGAGAUUCUGAAUUGUCAUUGUGGAUUCUGAAGGAUUAUGAUCGUGGUGAAUGGUCUACCCCUAGGCGCAUUGUAGUUGAGAAAUUGUCUACGUCUCUUUCUUUUGGUUGUCUGCUAGCAUUUGAUAGAAUGGAUCCUGGUCUCUUGUUCAUCCGGGUGAAAAAGAAAAUAUUUUCAUACAAUUGCAUGAAUGAGGAGCUUAAGCUGCUUUGUGAAAUCAGCAAAGAUUAUGGCGGACAAGAGAACUGCCUUGGCUUUAUUAUCCCCUAUGAACUGCCAAGAAUUCCAGUGACCAUUCCCAAUUGCAUGAUGCCUGAAUAUGACAGAUGUUUGGGCUAUGUGCUCAAUUCUUUGAAGUGCGUACAUGAGGAUUCUUCAGAUGAUAUGGUUGCUGAUCCAAGAGUAAAUACCUUCCUUGCUAAAGUGAAAGCUGGUGGAUACGGUUCGAGCACCGAUGGUGUUUUGCAUCUUUAUCAUCUGUCUGGGAUUAGUCAAGUGGCAGUAAACUAUUUUCCUCAUCAAAAGCUGCCUGUUGAGUUUGAUGCGACUGGACCUCCUUUAUGGUCCUCCUACAACUUUCAUGCCCCUUCAACACUCAAUGAUAUACGAGAUGCGGUGGUUAAGUACAAUGACUUUGUCCGACUUGAAGCAAGUCUCUAUGGAUGCACUGCUGAGUGCAAAAGCUUAAUUCAAGUUGAUUCGUAAUCCUGUAGCUGCCAUGCUCCAAUAUCUGCUAAUGAACUUUUUUUUGUUGGUACCCAAAUCAAAACGGAGGCAGCGCCUACUGACUGCUAACGGAGUGAUCUUUAGUUAUAGAGGAACUAAUGUAGUUUGAACCAUCCGUAUAUGUGCCUCUCUGCAUACAUUUUGGGUGCAAAUGCAAUUGCUGAAAUUUCUCAUAGAGUUGCUGAAAAUGAGGGAUCAAUGGCCCAAUUCACUGCCUCCAUAGUCGCAGAAUUGUGACACAAGCCUUGGUACUUAAUGUUGCUGAAAAAAUGAUCCCGUUGUUCUUGAGCAGACAGUAAACUGGCCCGUUAGGCUUUUUUGGACCGCUCCCACAUCUACUAUGAUGAUCGGAACCAUUUGACUUUUUCAAGAUCGUCAAGAAAAUUAGCCUCUUCAAAAAUCACAUUGAUGGGAUCUCGUUUGAUAAAUCUUCAGAAUGCAUUUGUGUUGAGGAAAGCAAUUGUGACACCGG